ACGGGGGGGGGGCAGUAGAUCCGGGGGCGGCUGGCAAGGAGGGUCCCGGAGUAACUGAACUAACCUUUGCUGCUGGUGGUGCUUUUCUGUGGGAAGAGGCAGAAAGCCGCGUGGCGGGGGGAGGGGGGUGGCCUGGGCCAGGUGACCCAGGCUUGGGGGGCAGGGACGGUGCCCAGCACAGCCUUCAGGAGCAGAGGACCGUAAAGGUAAGCUGCCAUGCUCACGUGGCUGAGCCACGUCCCGCCGACCCUGGCGGCUGGAAGCAGGCCCCAGGGGAGGGGCCCAGUCGGGCGCAAGGGCACUCCGUCUUCAUCGUACCCGCAGUUCAGGAGAACCCGAUCCAUCCUUGAGAGUCAGGAAGUGGGUCUAUUCACAGUUGAUGAUAAAACAUUUCAGCAAAAGUUCACAGGACUCCUGAAAGGAGUGGACUGCCUCCCCAUCUCACUGCAGAGAAAUGCACGCGCUAAAGAAAGCAAGACCAUAAACGUGAUGAGGUGAACAGCGCACCUGCUCAGAUUUUAAAACGUUUAAUACUCGUGAUUUCAUCCUUAUUACAGAGGUAAUGCACACACAUGGCUUCUGAAAUUCAAGUGUGGUGCGUACGUGGUGGUUUGUGGAGAACAGGAGGCUCUGAAACCCUCAGCCAGUCGCGCUCCCAGGCCCCUCAGGCGGCCCCAGAAGUGGCCUCUCGCGAACGAUGCGGAAGCAUUUCUGCACACAUUGCAGGCCUUCCUUUUGGCAUUUUUUGGACCUCAUCUUUUUAGCUGCUGCACUUUCUCGGGCACCGUGAUUCAUGUAACUCAGUUGUUCCUGCUUCUGCUGCCCCAUGUCUGCUUUAGAAUGUCGCUUCCGAUCCCUCCUGAAGGAACAUUCAUCUCCGCGGUGGCCCGGCGACUUUGCAUUGUGCGAGCAGGGGUCAGGCAGGGGCAGGUCCUCCUCGUGCAGCUGGUGUGUCCCCCUGCACUGGCUCGGUGUGGGCACGUGGGCUCAGAGGCUGGGGCUCCGGACUGUGCCGGGCAGCGCUGGGCAGCCCCCAUGCCCUCAGGGACAGCCCCCCGCUCCUGCCGUGGCUCCAGUGUUGGAGCUGGUCCCUGCUCUGCUCACACGCGUCUAGACUUCAGGGUGAUUUGAUUAAUCUGUGUCCCCGGACUCUUUGGUUAAGAGGUUUUGCAUUUAGAUGUUGAACCCUUGUUCCCAGUGUUUUCGUAUCUGGAAGCCAGAGCGGAGGUGGGUUUGGCAGACACGCUGCCCCUCUGAGAGCUGGGGGCAGCCCACCCGGUCCAAGCGCGGCAAUAUUUGUGGCGGCAAGAAGCCCGUUGACACCCAAGCCCUGAGAAAGAAGGUCAGCAGUGUGACGUGUGGCCCAGCCGCCCGAGCCAUCCUCAGCAGCCUGCUGCUCUACAUCACUGACCUCCAGGACAGGCCCCCGGAGCUGCCUCCCGCAAGGACGGCAGCUGGCGGGAAGAGCAGGGCCGGCUGCUCACCCGGGAGCCAGAACGGCCAGCAGCGGCCCACCUGCUUCCAGCUCCUACAGGCCAAGUUCAUGGGCACAGGCCGCGAGCCCCGCCUCAAGAAGCCCCGGGACGUGGGGAGGCUGAUCUCCAAGGACAAGCAAGGCCCCGGCAGGAGCUUGGUGACCGCCACCAUCAGUAAGCUCCUGGAGAAGGCUCGGGAGGGAGCCAGCCGCGCCCCCCAGGACCGGGAGCCGCCCCACAGCCAGAAGCCCCGGCAGGGCCUCCCUGCUGGGAAGGGCACCGUGAAAAACAUUCUGAAGAUGUUCUUGGCCGCAGAGGAGAAGGAGGUCCGUGAGGAGCCCAGAGCGGCCAGGGCGCCCCUGCCAAAGUUGGCCACCAAGAGGGGCUCAGUCCUGUCCAAACUGCGGGAGAAGUUUGAGCAGAGCGGCUGUCUUUGCUCAGAAGCCAAGGUGCUGCCUCUGCGCACGGAGGGGAGAAAGAAGAACCUGCAGAGGAGGAGGACCCACCUGCCCGAGAGCCACGUGUUCCGCACCACCGCCAUGGCCAGCACCUGCAUCCGGACGCCACUGGCCCGCUUCCUGGCCUGCACCGCGGAGCCCGUGCUGGCCUUCAGCAUCGCCACCGUCAUCUGCGGCCCCGGGAGCUGGCUAUCCCACUGUGCCAAAAUCAGCCACUCACAGCAGGGGCGCGUGCCCAGCAUGGGGGGCAUGGCACCCAGGGGGGUUAGAACGGCCAGACAGGGACAGCCCGGUGCGGGGCCCGCCCAGCCACCAGCAUCCUGGGCCACGGCUCCCGCGGACAGCCCGGAGACGGGGUUCCUGGGUGGGGGGCCCCCGCCCAUCCCUGGGCCAGCCCCCUCUCCUGCCUCCCACAGCAGUGGGGCCCUUCCUGGCAGUGAGCCCCUGGUGUCCCUACUCAAACCAGCCAGCCCAGGGCAUGCCGGGGCAGUGAGAGGUGACAGGACGGGGGACCCCCCCACAGGGGACACUGCACAGCACACCGGGGCACCUGGGGAAGCCAGGAUGGGCCUGUGGCCUGGGCUCCCAGGUGCGGGAGCAGGAAUGGCCCCCGAGGUUGCCCUCACGGUUUGCAGUUCUGAGGACGAAACAGAAGGAGUGACUUUAGACUUGGAAGGAGACCCCCUGUUCGCUGUCCAGGAGACUUUCCCGGAACAGAAGGUAGCAGGACAUGUCCUGCCACUUCUGCUGUCCACGGUCCAGGCCCUGCGGUGCACACAGUCAGCUGUGGGGUCUCCCCAGGUGACUGUCACCCGGCCAGACACGCGCCAAAUGUCACCACCUCCUGCCACGCUGCCCAAGGCCGUGGGGUCUCCCCAGGUGACUGUCGCCCAGCCAGACACGCGCCAAAUGUCACCACCUCCUGCCACGCUGCCCAAGGCCGUAGGGUCUCCCCAGGUGACUGUCGCCCGGCCACACACGCGCCAAAUGUCACCACCUCCUGCCACGCUGCCCAAGGCCGUGGGGUCUCCCCAGGUGACUGUCGCCCGGCCACACACGCGCCAAAUGUCACCACCUCCUGCCACGCUGCCCAAGGCCGUGGGGUCUCCCCAGGUGACUGUCGCCCGGCCACACACGCGCCAAAUGUCACCACCUCCUGCCAUGCUGCCCAAGGCUGUGGGGUCUCCCCAGGUGACUGUCGCCCGGCCAGACACGCGCCAAAUGUCACCACCUCCUGCCACGCUGCCCAAGGCCGUGGGGUCUCCCCAGGUGACUGUCGCCCGGCCACACACGCGCCAAAUGUCACCACCUCCUGCCACGCUGCCCAAGGCCGUGGGGUCUCCCCAGGUGACUGUCGCCCGGCCAGACACGCGCCAAAUGUCACCACCUCCUGCCACGCUGCCCAAGGCCGUGGGGUCUCCCCAGGUGACUGUCGCCCGGCCAGACACACGUCAAAUGUCACCACCUCCUGCCACGCUGCCCAAGGCAUCAGGUGGUGGAGACAAAAGUUCUAGUCUUCUGAGCAGUGGAGGCAGGGGUGGGGGUGGGCUUGAAAGCGCUCGAGUGCCGUUUCCCACGGGGACACACAGUGAGAGCAUCAGGGCAGCCGGCACGGUUGGGGGCUCCCUCAGGGCCCUGAGUGUCCCGUCUGCAAGGGCCUCCACUAGCGUGGGUCAGGACUUCCCAGCGGCAGCUCCGCAGAGAUGUCCCACCUGGGGAAAGGCAAAUGGGCACAGCUUUGGGGAUUCAAAGGAGCGCCAGCGUCCUGAGGGUCCGGCAGGAGAGGAUGUGCCUGAGCAGGCCUGUGAGAAGCAUCAGUGGCCAGCAUCAGGUGACAGGCCGGUCCGUGGGGGGGACGCCCCAUGGCAUCAUCCCACGGUCUCGGAGAAUCGAGGGAGAGGGGACAGCCCCUCGGUCCCUGGCCAUCAGCAAGCACUGCCUGCCGACGUGGGACACCCAGUGGGCGUCUCAGCGGCGCUGGAGGCCGCCACCCCCAGAGACAGGACCCCGUCUGACAGUCCUACCUCCGCGGGUGAGCAGGUCCUGUGUGAGCGAGAGCUCAGGGGGCCGCCACUAAGGAGCCCUGCCCGGCCCAGCCUGCGGGCUGCAGGGAGCCCCAGCCCCGGCCUGGGCAGCGACAGACCCACCUCCCUCAGCAAACACCCCAAACCAACUCCUGAAGCCCCCAGGCGGGUGGCAGCCACAGGGGCCACGGAGAGUCGCAACGCACCAGCGGCAGGUAACGUCCCGAACCCCGUUAACAGCGCGGCCCGAGAGCAGCACCCAGUGCAUGAGGGAGAGAGCCACCCACUGCCAACACACCGCAGCCUGGCAGCCCCGGCUCUGAUCCGGGCCGCCAGCCCCCCGCCCGUCUCGGUCCCACCCGGGCCCUGGAGGCCCCUGCUCGGAGCCGCCCAGAGUGGCGCCUGUGGGGGCUCAGGGCAGCGCCGGCCCGAGACCCCCCAGGCGCUGGCCACCGUCCCACUGGAGGCGGGGCCGCGCACGAGUGCCGUGGCCGAGAGCGAAGCUAGCGCGGGGGUGGGAGGCAGAAGGGCCGCAGCUGCAGCUGGGAGCCCCUGGGGGGGAGACACGACCCCAGCCCCAGGCGGGGCUCACCUCACGCCCCAGGGCCGUGCUGCGGUGGGGCCUCUGCCCUCGCCCCCUGAGAACCAACAGACCGAGGAGGACAAGCAUGUCCCGCCCAAAGACCAGGUUCCUCCUGGCGCCGGGGCCCCCCGCCAGCCUCCAUCACCUGGAGCAGCAGCAGGAGGGCAGCGGGUAGGCGGGGAGCCCCACAAGUCCCCGGACCCCCAAGCACACGGGCCGCCUGUGUCCCUCACAAGGAAUGGCGCGCGGGAGGGAGUCGAGGUCGGGGACAGACGUCAACUGCGGGCAGGCCUGGGGGCGCCGGAGGAGGAGGCUGCAGGGCCCAUGGGGCUGGAUGGUCCCCCAGAGAAGGGGGUAGCUCUGUGGGGCCAGAAGCCUGGGUCAUGUGCUGCAAAAGAGGGUCAGACACGGCCUGGGGAGGUCGAGGGGGGCCGUGCUGCCGAGGUGGGGACAGGUCACCAAGGCAGUGAGAAAGGCUCAGAACAUGCGCAGGGGCAGCGGGUGAGGCGUGCAGAGAACCCUCCUCGGGGACAUGGUGCCCAGGCUGGAAAGAACCAGGCACCUUCCCCCGCAAAGAAGCCGGGGCGCCCGGCACAGGUCCAGGCCGGCCGGAUGGCACCCCACAUCUCAGUGGGCCCACCCGACAGCUCAUCGGAAGCAGUGCCCACUGCCGGUGCAAGCGGGAGGUCCCAGGGACCGGCUCCCAGGGGCAGCCAGGCGGAGCCCGGAACACCACACCAGGGGGGAGAAAGCCAGCCCACGGUGGGCGGGAGCCAGCGGUCCUCCGGCCCCGAGCCGGUGCCUGGCUCCACAGUGCCCGCACCCAAGCCUGCGGGCCGUGAGACACCCUGGGCCCCAGCCCAGGAGGGGCCCCCAAAGACCCUGGAGGCAGGGAGCGGUGCGUCGGAACGUGAACGCCGCCGAAGGCUGGCCCACUUUGCCAAGUAUAGAGCCCAGAGCUUCGGCGACCAGCGGUCCUUUGACCUGUCCUUCAGACCGACAAUUAUCAGGGCCAAUGACACGUUCGAACUUCCCAAGUGAGGCCCCGGCUUCUGAACACUGACACGCCUGGCACCUCAGUUUCUGCGCCUUGCCCAGGCUGCUUUCCUGCCUCCAAACUACCCGGCCUCACACGUGUGCCUCCAGGGUGCCGUGUGGCGGAUCCCUUUCCCUCCAGGUAACUGGCCCCGGGACGGUCCGCGUCCCCGAACUGUGGCGUUCUGCACCGUCUUCCUGGGGCCCGCGUAGCUUCUUGGGGAUGGAACAGCGAAGAGGAGGGACGCCCCAGGACCUCAGGUGCUUGUCCCGCGGGUCCCGCUCUUUACGGUGCUCGAGGGCACCCAGGUCCACAUUGCUAUCUCCGCACAGAGCCAUGUUGUUUCCACACCUUCAAGUUUGCUGCUGAGCCUGUGUGCGUCUCUCUCGUCCUGUCUUGGUGGCUUGGGCCACCUGCCCUUUGAGGCGUCAUCCGCAGGCGGCGGCCCCUCUGCUCCUAACGGGCUGGUGAGCUGCCUGCGAAGUGCGCUCAGGGCGGGACGGAACCAACCACAGGGACACCGCGUCAGUCCCGCAGGAAGGGACGGUGUGCAGGGAUGGAUAUUUACAGAUGCACAGUCCCAAGGAAGUGUCCCUGUGGGCGCCACGUGCUGAGGACAGGGAACGUCCAUAGUGCCACGACCCGCCUCUGCCCCCGGGGCCUUGCUGCCGGCCCUCCUGCCUGGGCCGUUCCCUCCUCCCCUGCUUCUCGAUCUCUAAAGCAUCUGCCGUCUAGAACAGUUGAAUAUCCUAUAGAAGUGUAAGGAAGGAAAUAAAAUCCCUGGUAAGCAUGUGGCCUCAGGGUAAUUUCUGUGACUGUGGCGGGCGGCUUCUCCCUCGCUGUCUCUAAGGCAUAUGGCCACACUGGGGGGUCACAUCUCAUGUACAGCGUUAAACUCUCCACGCUACAGCGCACCAGGUUCAGGGCCAUCAGGCAGCCUCAGGAAAGCCGCCAGCUCUCGGGGGGACGGCGGCCUGGCGGCCCCACACACGCCGUGUGCUCAUGACACGCCGUCUGUGGAAGGGGGUU